GUGCUGGAGAUCAGAAUUUAUUUACCUCUAUUUACCCAACGCUUUCCCAGCAGCUGCCAAGAGAACCGAUGGAAUGGAGAAGGUCUUAUGGCCGGGCUCCAAAGAUGAUUCACCUAGAAUCUAACUUUGUGCAGUUCAAAGAGGAGUUGCUGCCCAAAGAAGGAAACAAGGCUCUGCUCACGUUCCCCUUCCUUCAUAUCUACUGGACGGAGUGCUGUGAUACUGAAGUGUAUAAAGCUACCGUAAAAGAUGACCUCACCAAGUGGCAGAAUGUUCUGAAAGCCCAUAGCUCUGUGGACUGGUUAAUAGUGGUAGUUGAAAAUGAUGCCAAGAAGAAAAACAAAACCAACAUCCUUCCUCGAACUUCUAUUGUGGACAAAAUAAGAAAUGACUUUUGUAAUAAACAGAGUGACAGGUGUGUCGUGCUCUCUGACCCCUUGAAGGACUCUUCUCGAACUCAGGAAUCCUGGAAUGCCUUCCUGACCAAACUCAGGACAUUGCUUCUUAUGUCUUUUACCAAAAACCUAGGCAAGUUUGAGGAUGACAUGAGAACCUUGAGGGAGAAGAGGACUGAGCCAGGCUGGAGCUUUUGUGAAUAUUUCAUGGUUCAGGAGGAGCUCGCCUUUGUCUUUGAGAUGCUGCAGCAGUUUGAAGAUGCGCUGGUGCAGUACGACGAGCUGGACGCCCUCUUCUCCCAGUAUGUCGUCAACUUCGGGGCCGGGGAUGGUGCCAACUGGCUGGCUUUUUUCUGCCAGCCAGUGAAGAGCUGGAACGGACUGAUCCUUCGAAAGCCCAUAGAUAUGGAGAAGCGGGAGUUGAUACAGAGGCAAGAAGCCGCCCUGUUAGAUCUGCGCAGUUACCUGUUCUCUCGCCAGUGCACCCUGCUGCUCUUCCUGCAGAGGCCGUGGGAGGUGGCUCAACGCGCCCUAGAGCUGCUGCACAGCUGUGUGCAGGAACUGAAGCUCUUGGAAGUCUCUGUCCCGCCCGGUGCUCUGGACUGCUGGGUGUUCUUGAGCUGCCUGGAGGUGUUGCAGAGGAUUGAAGGCUGCUGUGACCGGGCGCAGAUAGACUCAAACAUCGCCCACACCGUGGGGCUGUGGAGCUAUGCCACAGAAAAGCUAAAGUCCUUGGGCUAUCUGUGUGGGCUCGUGUCAGAAAAAGGACCUAACUCAGAAGAUCUCAAUAGGACAGUUGAUCUUUUGGCAGGUUUGGGAGCUGAGCGGCCUGAAACAGCCAACACAGCUCAGAGUCCUUAUAAGAAACUCAAGGAAGCAUUAUCGUCAGUGGAAGCUUUUGAAAAACACUAUUUAGAUCUGUCUCACGCUACCAUUGAAAUGUACACAAGCAUUGGGAGGAUUCGAUCUGCUAAGCUUGUUGGAAAAGAUCUGGCAGAAUUUUACAUGAGGAAAAAGUCUCCACAAAAGGCAGAAAUCUAUCUUCAAGGAGCACUGAAAAAUUACCUGGCUGAGGGCUGGGCACUGCCCAUCACACACACAAGGAAACAACUGGCUGAAUGUCAAAAGCACCUUGGACAAAUUGAGAACUACCUUCAGACCAGCAGCCUCUUGGCCAGCGAUCAUCACUUAACCGAAGAGGAACGGAAAUACUUCUGCCAGGAAAUACUGACCUUUGCCAGCCAGCAGUCAGAUAGCCCAGGUCACAGAAUUGUGCUGCCCAUGCACUCCUUUGCACACCUGAGAGAUCUUCAUUUUGACCCUUCCAACGCUGUGGUCCACGUGGGUGGCAUUUUGUCUGUUGAGAUAACAGUGUGCAGUCAGAUGCCUAUCCCUGUUCACAUGGAGCAGAUUGCUGUCAACGUCCACUUCAGCAUUGAGAAGAACAGUUACCGGAAGACCGCUGAGUGGCUGACCAAGCACAAGACAUCCAAUGGGAUCAUAAACUUCCCAGCUGAAACUUCACCACUACCCGCAUCCCAGAAUAGCCUGCCUGCGCUGGAGCUAUAUGAGAUGUUUGAGAGAAGCCCUUCUGACAACUCGCUGAACACGACAGGGAUUAUCUGCAGAAAUGUCCACAUGCUCCUGAGAAGGCAGGAGAGCAGCUCUUCUCUAGAGGUGCCCUCUGGGCUGGCCCUGGAGGAAGGGGCCCAUGUGUUGAGGUGCAGCAGUGUGACUCUGGAGCCAGGGCCCAACAAGAUAGCAUUCAGGACUCAGGCCAGGGAGCCUGGAACGUACACGCUGCGGCAGCUGUGUGCCUCCGCGGGCCCUGUGUGGUUUGUCCUUCCUCACAUCUACCCCAUUGUGCAGUAUGACGUGUACUCGCAGGAGCCCCAGCUGCACGUGGAGCCUCUGGCUGAUAGCCUUUUGGCAGGUAUUCCUCAGAAGGUCAAGUUCACUGUCACUACUGGCCAUUAUACAAUAAAAAAUGGGGACAGCCUCCAGCUCAGCAAUGUGGAAUCUAUGCUCAUUCUGUGUCAGGCAGAGAACAGAGCUGUGGUCUACUCUAACACGAGAGAACAGUGUUCCAGCGCAUUGCUCCGGAUUCAGUCCUCUGACAAGGUCACGAGCAUCAGCCUGCCUGUUGCCCCUGCAUAUCAUGUCAUCGAAUUUGAACUGGAAGUGCUCUCCUUACCUUCAGCCCCAGCAGCCAGAGGGGAGAGUGACCUGCUCGGGACACCGGAGCCCCAUCGGAAGCACAAGGACAAGCAGAAGACUAGCCACAGCAUGGUCACCACAGACCACAAAGUGUCCAUCGACUGCCCGUGGUCCAUCUACUCCACUGUCAUUGCACUGACUUUCAGUGUGCCCUUCAGGACCACACAUUCCCUGCUGUCCUCUGGAACACGGAAAUAUGUUCAAGUUUGUGUCCAGAAUUUGUCAGAACUUGAAUUUCAGCUGUCAGAUAGUAACCUUGUAGACACUGGUGAUAGUACCGACCUGCAGCUAAUACCGCUGAACACUCAGUCCCAGCAGCGAAUCUACAGCAAGCAGCCGGUGUUCUUUGUCUGGGAGCUGAAGUGGACACAGGAGCCUCCCCCUUCUCUGCGUUGCCAGUUCUCCAUGAGAUUUUCCCCAGCUUCGGAUGAACGGCUGUCUGUCUCCCUAAAGCCAUAUACUUACGAAUUUCAAGUGGAAAAUUUUUUUACAUUAUAUAACGUGAAAGCUGAGAUAUCCCCCCCUUCGGGAAUGGAGUACUGUAGGACAGGCUCUCUCUGCUCUUUGGAGGUGUCAAUCACGCGGCUGUCGGACCUCUUGGAGGUGGAUAAGGACGACGCACUGACGGAGUCUGAGGACUACUUCUCAACAAGGCUGAUGUACGAAGUGGUCGACAACAGUAGCAACUGGGCAGUCUGUGGGAAAAGUUGUGGUGUCAUCUCCAUGCCAGUGGCUGCUCAGGCCACCCAUAGAGUCCACAUGGAAGUGAUGCCUCUCUUUGCGGGGUACCUCCCCUUGCCUGACGUCAGGUUGUUUAAGUACCUCCCCCAUCAUUCUGCACACUCCUGUCAACUGGAUGCUGAUAGCUGGAUAGAAAAUGACAGCCUGUCAGUGGACAAGCACGGGGAUGAACAGCUGGACAGCAGCAGUGUGAAGAGCAGGGGCAGCAUGCACUCAGCCUCCAGCAGCGAGCACAAAGGCCUGCCCAUGCCCCGGCUGCAGGCGCUGCCGGCUGGCCAGGUCUUCAACUCGAGCACUGGCAUGCAAGUCCUGGUCAUCCCCAGCCAAGACGACCAUGUCUUGGAAGUCAGCGUUACAUGACAGCACCUGGGGAGCAGAUGCCGCUGCCCAGCUGUGAUUGUGCUCUGAGGGAAGGUGACUAGAUUCUCCUCUCUUCAGGCUCUAGCCAGACUCCAGUGAUCCUGCCUGGCCACUAGGCCUCAGAGAAUGUCAUUCAUUGCACAGCUGCUCCGCUGAGUUCUCCUUACUCUUGUGUUGUCUGUGAUUCCAUACUUUCUCACCCCAUCCCCGUGUUGGUGUCUGCACUAUCUGCUCAGAGCCUGGCUUCCUUCUGCUCACUCAGUGCUCAUAAAAGGUCCUCAUCCACCGUCCCUCCUCUGAGCAGCCUGCCGCCUGCUGGCGCUUCCUGGAGGCCACUUGUCUUCCAGGUGGACACUCAGCAGGCCUUGCAGUCCUCUCUGAGACAUAUGUGUGCCUUUGUGGUCACACGGCUGCCCAGUUUUUGGACCAGGGUGUAUUUGUGCGUUUCCUAAGGGGUAAAACACAAUCCUUUACCCCAUUAUCAUCUAGUUGUGCUUUUCUAGAAUAACACCUAGGAGGGGUAGGGGUGGGAGGGGGGUGGAGAGGGAACAUAACCCCUUCUGUGCCUUGGGAUGCCAGGGCGAGGCGGACCUGGAGGUCCAUCCGCUGGAGCAAAGUAAAGGUACUUAGGAAAGACUUAGACCAGGGCCUGGGGAACAGCUCACGUUGAACUAGUUUAGGGUUAAAUGUUUCUGGACCCCAUAAUGUUGAAUGAAUAUCUCAUGCACUCAGAAGUAAACUAUAUAUUUAAUUUAAUUAUCAUUAUAUAUGUGGGGGUAAAUAUGUUGUUUUUCUCUUAUCUUUAAAAUCUUCCCAUGUAAUUGUAGCUAUAUAAUCAUAUUUUAUUUGCACCUUAAUUCUUAGAAAUUAAAAUGUUCCAUUUAAAAUGAAGAUGGGGGGUCCUCUCAGUGUUUCCAGUCUCGUUGCAGUGCAGGCCUCAUGUCCUAGAAUAACUUCUGCUGGGCCACUCAGUUGCAGUCAUGUAGUUCCAAUGGAUUAAUUUGCUUUUGGUUGUAAAUUUAAUUGUACAUAUAGUUGAUUUAUUAUUUUUAAAAAUACAGACUAACUGAUAUAAUGUUUAUGUAUAAGUUGCACCAAAAAUCAAGGUCAGAAAUAAAUGUGAGUUUGUUUUUACUGGUGUGAAAGUCACAGCUUGUAAAUAAGUGUUGUACGUAUUAAACCUUUUCCAGCUUCCAAAGCAAUGUAUUUUUGUACAUAUGAAAUAGAGUACCCUUAAUUCAUUGGGAAAGUGCGCUUCGAAUUGAACUUGACAAGAUUAAUGUAAGUGGACAUGGGCAGGCCCCCCAGAGGGUGGGACUCACGUGAGGAGAGUAACCUCAGAGGCCAGAGCUACAAAGAGGAGGAGGAGCCUCUGCGCUGGCUCCUGUGAGGGCUGCGCUCCUGGGGCUGCAGGCGGCUGCACGUCUGGAGCCCCCCUUUCCAGUAUUCUUCAUGUUGUCUUUUACCCACUCAGUAAAUAAAGGUUUAUGAUCUUCC